AUGGAAUUCAGCAGCUGCAUGAGAUCUGCGAGCCACCGGAGCUUCCGAGCCAAUCCGGGAGUCGGACUUUACGCCGGGGAAAACUUUCGGUUUCAGGCUCCUCCAACACAGUGGACGUCCACGGAGAAACUUGCCAGUGCAGACGCAGCACCAAUGCUUUGCGCCGGGUUGACAACCUAUUCGGCCCUGCGGAAAUGCAAAGCCAGAAGCGGUGAAUGGGUCGUGAUUUCUGGCCGGGCAUAUCGAGUGAUUGGAAUCGACCAUGGGUCAAAGGAAGUAUUCGUCAAAGAUUGCGGCGCCGAAGUGUUUAUUGACAUGCCAAAUUUCAGCGAUGAGGAUAUCGCCAAGGAAGUCAAACGAGUGACAGGCGGUCUCAAGCGCCUAGUCCAGACCGGGCGCUGGACCCUGAGAUUAGCGAGGCACAAACCCUGCAUUACUCGCGCCAAGCCAGCCAAUAACCGUGGUACCCGCGACUAG